CGUCAACGUUUAACUUUGAUGGAUGAGAUAAGAAAGAAAAAAGAUUAUUUGUUUCAAGUUCCGAUCAGAAAUGAGGAUCAGAAUAAAAUUGAUAUGUUUCACUGGCAAAAAAAAUCAUCACGGGACUCCACCGUUCAUUAGCUGCUGUAUACAGGAAAAGUUCUGUCUGAAUUGUGAUGUCUUUGCAGUCGACUGCUUCUGCUCAUUCGUGUAGCUCUUCUGCAUAAUACAGAGACACUUUAGAUGAACAGACUUCAACUCAUCAAGGACCAUAUUUUAUCAAGAGAAAGGAAUGCCAGUGAACCUUUAUCAAACGGGCUAUAUGCUCGCGUUACUUCCGCGAUUCACGGGAAGAACCCCAGACACUUUCAGAAUAUGGCCAUGCCGGCUACGCAACCCAGCCCCCUCACCACUCACGUGCUAAAUAUAGCUAAAGGAGUUCCGGGAGCCAACAUGACCAUCAGCCUCUACCGUCUAGACCCUGUCUCAUCUGUGUGGAAUGAACUUACAACACGGUUAACUAAUGAUGAUGGCCGUUGUCUAUGCUUAAUAACAAAGGAAACUUUCAUUGCUGGUGUGUAUAAAAUGCAUUUUGAGACUGAAAAGUACUGGAAUGCCCUAGGAGAGAUAAGCUUUUAUCCAUUCGUUGAGGUGGUUUUUACUGUCACUGAUGCUUCGCAGAAGUACCAUGUUCCUUUGCUUUUGAGUCGUUUCUCUUACAGCACAUACAGAGGAAGCUAGAGAUAUUAUUUUACUAACCUCAAAUUACUUAAUUUACUUUACAAAAGAAAUCCUGUACAUCAUUUUUUUAUUACUGCUACACAGAUCCAUUGGAUAAGAAUUUCUAAAAGAAUAAACUCUUAAAUGAUCAUAUUAUUUAAAACAUACAUAUACAAAAUAUAUAGAUUUAAUUGUAAUUCAGAUAGUUUGAUUAAACGGAAUCUAGAUCCUGCACUGUAAAAUUUUUCAUUGUAAAUUUGAAGUAAUUAACUGGCAGCAGCUUCACCUUCAAGGAAUUUAUUAUUAUUUAUUUACAAGUAUUUACUGUGUAACAACCAGCCUAAUCGGAGGCGUAGCAAUGUUAAAAGAUAUGGUCAGAUUAUACUGUGAGAGAUCUUGUUGUGUUAAAAGAAUGGCAUAAAACCAUAUUAGACAAUAA